AUGUUGGUCUUUGCAUUACAAUAUCAGGAACCCAUUGAUCGCAUAACGAGUGAUAAAAGCCUUAAGCGGGCUAAAAAAUAUGAAUUGGAUGAUGACGAGUGGAAAAUUGUUGCUGACCUUGUUGCGGUUCUCUCCAAGGCUACCUUGUUCUUCUCUCAGGACUCGGCAACCAUCACAGCUGUGAUACUAGCAAUGGACAAGCUCAAUAACAAGCUCAAUCAACAGAUGAAGGAGCCAUAUCACUCUGCAGUUAUAUCGGCUAUGCAGCUUGCGAAGAACAAGAUGGAUCGCUACUGGAAGAUCACAGAUCUCUCCAAUGUAUACCGCAUUGCCAUGGUCCUACAUCCUGGCCUGAAGCUUGAGUGCUUCUGUGAGCAUUCCUGGCAAAAGGAGUGGAUUGAUACUGCCGAGAAGCUUGUUCGCAAAGAGUUCACUGAUAAAUACGAGAAGUCUGUUGAGACUACUGAUGACACUGCAGCAGACGUGGUCCGUAUGCAACAUUUAAUUAUACACUGA